UCAUGCAGUUUGAAUCAAUUCUGGAUGUCUGUCUUCCUUUUACCUAAAGUUGUGAUUAAGGAGGUAGAGAGAUUGUGCAGUAACUUCAUAUGGGGGUGGAAAGAGGGGUGAAGUUUAGAGCUAAUGUUCCAUGGAAGAAGAUUACCUAUCCUAAAAGGGAAGGAGGCCUUGGUUUUAGGGACAUGAAUAGCUGGAAUCAGGCCUGUGCUACAAGACAUAUUUGGCAGAUUUUACUUCAAGAGGGAUCUUUGUGGGUGGCAUGGAUCACCAAAUAAAAACUAAAAGGGAGAUGUUUGUGGUCCUAUAACUGCACUUCAGGAUCCUGGAAUUGGUGCAAAAUUCUGAAGCUCAGAAGCAUAAUAUCUCCUUUCAUCUCAAACAGGGAUGGUGUUUUAUUACUUGAUGGGUUACCAAUGCCUCGAUUCUCUAUUAAACGAGUCUGGCAGCUUGUUAGACCUGCUCAGCAGAGGGUUAUUUGGUGGAAAUUAAUCUGGAAGGGUGUGGCUAUACCAAGUAAUCGACUGAUUGCUUGGCUGGUAAUCAGAGGCAGUGUUCAAACCAAAGAUAAAAUGCAAAAAUGGAGCUUCCAGGAAUCGAUGAGUUGUGUUCUUUGUGGAGGAGGAGUUGAGAAUAGACAGCAUCUUUUUGUUCUCUGCCCCUUUGCUAGGCAGAUUCUUGAUGCAUUGUUUACAGGUCCUAUGCAGGUUCCCCAGUUCCAAACAUGGGAGGCCAUGGUUUCAUGGCUGCUGGAGAAGUAUAACAAGCAGGUAGAAGAAGCCGAAACAUGGAGGUUUAUAUGGCAAACAUGGAUCAGUCAUACCUGGAGAGAAAGAUGCCGCCGACUGUAUGGUGAUAAGGUGAGGGGCUCACAAGAACUGAUUUCUGGUAUGAAAGCUGAGAUUGUCUAUGUACUUGGGAGAGAUAGGGUGAACUAGUUUUGGAAUCACUAGCUUAAUCUGUCACAGAGAUAGGUUUUUGUUUUCGAUUGUUUUCAUUGUUGUUUGUGUCGUUGUAUGGUGAUACUCCCUAGCUAGCAAGGGUGUUGCUAGCAAAAGCUCUUUUUUGAUGAAUAAAGAACCCGCUGAUUCAUAAAAAAAAAAAGUUCCAUUCAAUUUUUCUCUAAUAUAAUUCUGGUUUAUUUCUUUUAAUUUUUUGACAUAUUUCUUUAGCUCCUAGUGCCUGAAGAUUGACAAUCGUAAGUCAGAUUUGGAAUAUAACCUCAAAAUUAUGCAAAAUUUAUAAAAAAACAACGUCGAAUCAUUUUAUUGAACAAAUGAUUGAAAUCUAAAUGAAUUUUUAAUACAUUU